AUAGCAUUCGAGUACAAACUACGAGUACAAASUACGAGCACUAGUACGAGCACGGUUACUCCACAAAAAAAGGAUCUGCGAUGGACGAGUGCAACAGCCAAAGGCAAACGCAAAGGCAAACGCAGAGUGAAACCCAAACCAUCGGCGCGGCCGUCGUCGGCUUGGAAUCGCCGACAGCAAAAGCAACCGAGACGCCUUCGACGUCGCCCGCGACGAGGACAACGGCGGACUCGACGCAAGCCGCGACGCCGAAUCCGGAUUUGGAUUUGGACUUGCAUUCGCAAUCGGAUUCGCAAUCGCAAUCCGAUUCGCAAUCGCAAUCCGAUUCGCAUUCGCAUUCGCAUUCGAAUCCCAAACACCACCCACCCUCCACGGGAGCAGCGUCGAAAGCAACGCCCCCGGACGAAUGCGAGGACGAAUACGAGGACGAAUGCGAAUCCGAUUGCGAAUCCGAUUGCGAGGACGAAUACGAGGACGAAUACGAGGACGGUUGGGUGAUCAAACCCUCUUCCGUUCCGAUCGAAAAGCGCAUCGUACACGCGGCGAAUCUCUCGUUUAUUUCCAAGAUCCACAACAUGCCGUCCAGCAUCGAGAGAUGCAUGCGCUUUGCUAACUUCACCAGAGACGAAGCAGAUGACAAGAACCUGCGKUGGAGGGUUGCAGUGGAAGAAAUAGCGAGGAACGAGGAGAUGCAGAAUCUCAGCGCCGAGYUCUCGGCCAGGAUGCUCGAGGUUCCGGCCCCCCCGCGAUCGAUCGGCUUUGCCACCAACGCAGCGACGGAGGUGUCGGAUCUCGCCAGCACCACCAUAAUCGACACCUACCCGUGUUUUGUCGGUGUCCGGAUCGACCAAGCCUCGGUGGUUUCGGACCUUGCCACCACCGACAGCAGCGACAUGAGCGACAGCGACAGCGAAAGCUACAUCAGCAACAGCGACAUUUGCAACAGCGAAAGCAACAGCGAAAGCAACAGCGAAAGCAACAGCGAAAGCUCGGUGGGGGAAGACCAAUGGACCGGCAACGAGAACCCAUCGAACGAACAAGAAUCGGUGGUUUCGGGUCUUACCACCACCAACAGCACCGUUGGGGCUAGUAGCACGACCAGCGGAACCCAGGGGUCGUCGUUGGUAACGGGUCCAACGUUUGCAGGGACCAAGCUGGAUGGGAACGAUCGAGACACCACUAGCAACAGCAACAGCAAAAACAACACCGCAGGCACAAACAGGACGCCGACCGGCUUGGAUGGAAAAGAACAAAACAAACACAAAGACGAAGACAAAGACAAAGACAAACACACUACAAACGGCAAAAGGACCAACAACGCCAAACACCCGCCAGUGCCGGCGAAAAAGCCACGGACCCCGGUGCGGCGGGUGGCUGCUUGCUGCUAAAGAAAAUGAGAAACAAAAGAGGAAGCCAACGCAAACGCAAACGAAACGCAAACGCCGAAGCGGUCCGUUCCAUACCAUACCAUACCAUACCAUAACGUGGUUCCGGGGUUGUUUUGUUUGUCGAAUUUGGUCAUUGCGGCCAGAGAAAAGAAGGUGCGACGCACCGGCGUGCAGCCCCUCGAGGAUUGCAAGCUGCUAGAUGCAAUGCAAUGCAAUGCAAUGCAAUGUUGACACCGAGGCAAUCAAAGGCACGAUAUGCACGGGGUCCGUGUGUCGACAGCGACGUUGAGACUGGGUUCUUAUUCUACCUGUUUUGCCAACACGGCAACGAGCUCGCAUGUAUCGAUUGGUGCUGCUGCUGCUGUUGCUGCUGCUGCUGGUAGUAGCGUCGGUGACGUCGUUGCCAUUCCUGACAAUGAUGCUCUGUCUGUUUUGCCAACGCGGCAACGAGCUCGCAUUCAUCCAUGGGCGCUGCUGCUGCUGCUGCUGCUGCUGGUAGUGACACCGUUGGUGUCAACGAGAAAGGCAACGUCCCAAACGGCAGACAGAAACGCAAACGCGGAGUUGGUCUUGCGUUGCUUCGUAUCCUUCGACCGAAACGAGUUGGUUGUUCGCCAAAAGGCUCCCUGGGGAUGGGCAUCCCGUAGUUAGAAAACCAAACAUUCCCAGUCGGCGCAUACAGUACCGCAGAGUCGAGUCAACGGUUCGGUGUUCCCCGCGCAUACAGUACAGUGCGGCAGGAUACAAAACACUCGCUCCCUCCCCUCGCGUCGAUCGGUCGACAGGAGACGGGACGGACGGGGAGGGGUUGUAGACAACUAUUCACAACCCACGAACCGAACAAGCACCCGACGCACGCCUGUCACGCUCGAUACAUCGCGACCAGCAAGAGUCUACUGCAAAGAACAUGAUUUUGAGAYGAUAGCGGUGGGCGCGGCGCGAAGGACAUCAAAGUCGAAGAAACUGGCUACAGUGGYAAAUGCCAUGAAUGCUUGCUUGGUUAUCAAGAUGGAAAUUACGUUAAAACCGAAAAAGAAUAAUGCAAUAUUGUACUC